AUGUCUGGUUACAACAUCGGUGGAUCCUCCAUCAUCGUGACACCCGCUAUCGAUAACAAAACGACAUCCUCGAGCACUGGCAAGAAUUCAGAUACGCGUCGUAAUCUCUACGUCCUCGGUCUACCCUUUGACUUCACCAAGCCUGAAUUUUCUGCCUUGUUUUCGCGUUUCGGUACUGUUACGCAUGCUGUCAUCCUCGCUACUGUCGAUAACGCAUCUCGCCGUCGCGGGUUCGUGGUAAUGUCAUCUCAUGAGGAAGCUAAGCGUGCGAUGAAUGCGCUCUCGCGAACGCAAAUGAAAGGACACACCCUUGAUGUAUCAUGGGCCGUUGUACAACGUUCUCAAGGCUUCUUAGAUGGAGCAGACAGAACGAUGAUGCUGGCAUCCUCGAACCCUUCGUCACUUCCGGAAAUGGAGUUCGAACACCAAUCAGCACCUCCGACCACCAGUUCACCCCAAUACGCUACCAAACAAUGGAAUAUCUCGUUGGCACCUUCCUCGAAGCUGCUGGUAUCGAACUUGCCGACCCUUCUCUUUGCUCAGGACAGUGACUUGCAUCCUCUUUUCUAUCCUUUCGGUCCCAUUAAGGAGGUGAAGCUCGUGGAUUCUGCUACGCUCGGCAAUGCAACUACAAGCGCUCUAGUCGAAUACGUGAAUAUCUUCAAUGCUCAGGAGGCCAAAGCCGCACUUCAACGACAAUUCUAUGGAACCUCACGCCUGGAAGUUCGAUUCAUUCACGACAAUAUCCAUCCGGUUGACUCUGCUUCUGCUGCGUAUGCUCAGUCUCCCAUGCUACCGAAAACAUCUGAUGCCGGACUUAAUCCCUGUGCUGCUCCUUUUGUCUUUGGAUCUCGUCGCUUAUUGCCCUUGGCUUCCGGUCUUAGCUGUAUUGCGCACGAUUCGUUUGUCAACGACUUUUGUUCCCCAUUCGGUCUUCCCAGCGAUACCUUGCAAGCUGCCUCAUUCGCGCCCCGCCCUGUUACAUAUCACCAUAGGGCACAUGUUGCUGAUACAAUUUCUAGAUCUAGCUCCGCAACGAGCUCCAGGUAA